AUGGUGCCGGAGACCUCGGCGGGCAGACCGUCGGUACUCGCCCACGGUUCCGAUGUCAGCCGGUACGAGCCGAACUACAACUUCCCCUACUACGCCACGCGGGUGGACGAGUUGCUCUUCUCGCAGCCGAUUUUCGGCAACAUCGACCCGGCCGUCUAUUUGGGGGCCAUUAAGAAAGACAAGGCCGCCGAAACUAAAUACAAGGAAUCGAAGGAAUCAGCAGAAUCGGCCGUCGUCCCUAAAGAAGAAGUGAAGACGCCACAACCUGAGAAUGCCGAUCUUCCGCCCAAACUCGAAAUCGCGACAAGAGACUUGGAUUCGCCGCCCGAGGGGAAAAACCCAGCCGAUUGUCAGGUAUGCCGUUCGACGCAGGCGAACGGGCUGCACUUUGGGGCGCGGACGUGUGCUGCUUGCGCUGCCUUUUUCCGGCGCACCAUCUCCGACGCCAAGAAGUACAUCUGCAAGCGCUCGCAGCGCUGCACGACGGCUAGCAGGGAUGGGUACCGAAAAAUCUGCCGUGCAUGCCGGCUGAAGCGCUGUAUGGAGUGUGGGAUGUUGCCGGAGAACGUUCAAAACAAACGCCACGUCCCGCCCACGCCUCCACUUCCGAUUCCCGGCGGACCGUUACCUGGCUUGACCGCCUCGGCGUCGGCCGCCCUGUCCACGCUUCCGCAGAUUACCAGUGGUGGGUAUUUUGAGCGU